CAACAGCAGCUAAGGGCAAAUAACCGCGUAUUUCAAUUUUAGAAAGGUCACACAAGGAAAAAGGCGUAAUUAAAGAUAUAGACUGAGUUUUUCUUACUAUGCACUUAGAUGUCAGAUAACAGUAGAGAACCAUUAAGCUCUAUUAUCAAAUCCUACUUAGACAGGACACAUGAUUUUAUUGAUACACAUCCUAAAGCCAUUAGAAACAGUUUUUAUAUAGUAGGAGGGGCUGGCAUUGUGCUGUUACUUAAGAGCAUCCAUGUUGGAAAAUUCUUUAGACAUGGAAAGGAUAUUCCAAAAAGAUUUAUAAGUAAAGGUGUUCAUUUACAAGGUUGUGUGAAAGAAAUAGAUUUGAAUGGCAUUGUUUAUGUCCAACAUAUUCCUAUUCUCGACCUCAGGUUACCAUGGUUACGAACACCAAGGACAGAACUUCUGCCUAUGACAUUGGCAUUUGUAAAUUUAACUCCAAAUAGCAAGAAAUGGCUUGAACAGAAUCUGCUUGAUACACAUAUUUGGUUCAAAGUUUUAAGAUGGGAAAAAGAUAAUGAUCAAUUACAGGCAGCGUUGUUUCAUCAAAAGUUUUUGUUUUGGACGACUUGCAUCAAUGAGAAACUAAUCAAAGAAGGAAUAUGCAAAGUUUCAAAUCUCUCAGAUGAGGAAAUGAAAAUGUUGACAGAAAAACAGGAAGAACUUCUGCAUAGAAUGGGAGCCUUAGAAAGAACGGCAGAUAGAAAAGGCAAAGGGAUUUGGAAGGAAGAAAAACCACCUUUGAAGGAGACUGUUAAGGCAAUGUUAUAUAAAUCAAUGUAUGCACCAGUUAUAUUUGGAAAAUAUUUAUAUAAGAUUGCUAAAAAUAAAUUUAAAAGAUAGCUGAUUUUUCUAAAUAAUUUUGGUAUUCUGAAGACAAAUAAUUUUUUAUUUGUGUAUUUUUAAAAGUAAUAUGCAUAAAUAUUCAUGAAACUUUAUUAAUCUGUUUGUGAUUUAGGUUAAUACAAAUAGAUAAAUACAUUUUUUUAAAGCUGCAUUUCAAAUUCAAUAUUUAUUUAAAUAAAAAACCAAUAAAAUCUUAAGCUGUAUGGGUAGGAAGAAAAGUCUUAUACUUUUACUUAGAAUUUAAUUUUAGCAUACAUGGUACAUGCUGUAUUCUUUGAUUAUACUCUUAAUGAGACAGCAAUCUGAGGAAAAUUACUAGUCAUAAAUACAUAAUUGUUUUCCCCAACAUUGUAAGUGAUGAUAAUAUAUAGAAAAAUAGCGAAUUUUCUUGUCUAAUUUUUAAUGGAAAAAAGCAUUUAUUUAUACAUGAAAUGUUACAGAAAGUAAUUUAUUUGCUUUUUAAAUCUUUAAAUUCAUGCGCUACUUUAACAUUUUAUUUUAUGACUUACUAACAAAUUUGUCAAGUUCUUCAAUGAAAUUAUGCAAAGUAUUAUUACAGCUUGUUUUGUUGCUUGAUAUAUGUUCUGUGAAUGUAAAUGAGAUGAGUUAAUAAAAUAUGGACUAUA